UAUACACAUUUAUAUAUAUUGUUAGUAAAUUUGCGUGUAUAUCAUCAUUUCCUCCGCUUGUGCUCUCAUUUCUGCUCCUACUUUUUUCCUUUCUCUAAUCUCUAUCGACUGCUAUCAGCAAAGUUCCUUUCUAUUUUCCGCAUAAGGUGAAUUAGAGGGAGUGGUGGUAGGAACUAAGAGAGUGAGGAAAAAUGGCUGGAGUUACACCUGAGGAGGCUGGUGUUGGAAAGUCAUCUGAAGGAGUUUCAAGUGGACAACAACAACAGCUGAGAGUUCAAUCUGGGGAAGCAUUAGCCGAAUGGAGAUCUUUGGAUCAAGUCGAAAGUGGAAGCACAUCCACUUCUCCUCCUUACUGGGACACUGACGAUGAUGAUGAUAAUGAUGGACAAAAACCUUCUGAUUUAUAUGGAAAACAUACUUGGAAGAUUGAGAAAUUUUCUCAGCUGAACAAAAGAGAGCAUCGAAGUGAUGCAUUUGAGGCUGGGGGCUUCAAAUGGUAUAUUUUGAUUUACCCGCAAGGCUGUGAUGUUUGCAAUCACCUCUCAUUGUUUCUUUGUGUUGCGAAUCAUGACAAGCUUCUUCCAGGAUGGAGCCACUUUGCGCAGUUUACUAUUGCGGUGGUGAAUAAGGAUCCUAAGAAAUCUAAAUAUUCUGAUACAUUACACCGGUUCUGGAAGAAGGAGCAUGACUGGGGUUGGAAGAAAUUUAUGGAGCUGUCAAAGUUGUUGGAUGGGUUUAUUGAUUCUGAUACGUUGAUAAUUAAAGCUCAAGUUCAAGUUAUCAGGGAGAGAGCAGACCGGCCUUUCCGUUGUCUUGACUGUCAGUAUCGAAGGGAACUUGUUCGAGUGUAUUUGACAAAUGUUGAGCAAAUCUGCCGGCGUUUUAUGGAAGAACGAAGGGCCAAGCUGGGAAAGUUGAUAGAGGAUAAAGAAAAGUGGUCUAGCUUCCGUGCUUUCUGGCUGGGUAUGGACCAAUGUUCUAGGCGCCGUAUGACCCGCGAGAAAACAGAGUCAAUUUUAAAAGUUGUUGUGAAGCAUUUUUUCAUAGAAAAAGAAGUCACAUCUACCCUUGUCAUGGACUCACUGUAUAGUGGUUUGAAGUCCCUUGAAGGUCAGAAUAAGGGAAAGAAGACCAAGGGCAGGUACUUAGAGGCCGGAGAAUUACCUGUUCCUAUUGUUCGCAUUGAGAAAGACACAUUUGGUUUGGUAGAUGAUGUGCUGCUACUUCUUGAGAGGGCUGCUGUAGAACCCUUGCCUCCAAAAGAUGAGAAAGGUCCUCAAAAUCGUACAAAGGAUGGAACUACUGGAGAGGAGUUCAACAAAGAUUCUAUUGAGCGUGAUGAGAGACGACUUACUGAACUGGGUCGCAGGACUAUAGAGAUAUUUGUCUUAGCUCACGUUUUCAGCAAAAUUGAAGUUGCGUAUCAGGAGGCUGUUGCAUUAAAGAAACAAGAAGAGCUUAUUCGUGAAGAGGAGGCAGCUUGGCUUGCAGAUCUUGAGCAAAAAGCAAGGCGUGGAGUUUCGGAUAAGGAAAAGAAGUCUAAGAAAAAGCAGAUUUAUGUCAUUCUGUGUUUGAUAAUUAACUCUGAUGAUGCAUCUACUUUUGCAUUUCUUGGACGUUGGUUAACUCUGUUCCUCUUAUCAUCAACACAUACCAAACAGAAACGAAAUAAUCGCAAAGGAAAGGAUAAGGGACGGGAUGAAAAAACUAUCAUAAGCGCUGUGCAAGACAAGGUUGAUGAAGAUAGUCAUGCUGCGAUGAAAGAGUUAGCUGCCGAGCAAGCCAUUGUACUUGAAAAGUCUGAGGUUGUUGAAAUUGUAUCUGAUGUGUCUGAUUCUGUAGAUUGUGCCCAAGACAUUCUUCCACCAGAUUCCGAGGACAGGGAUUUGAGUCCUGUCAAUUGGGAUACUGAUCAUUCUGAAGUGCAACCGCCGGUAGAAGUUUCAGUUGCUGCACAAAAUGGCGUGGAAAGAAGAAGUCCGUCAGUAGUGGAUGAUAACUCAUCAACUUGUUCCUCUGACUCGGUUCCUUCUUCUGUUGCGAGCGUGACUAACAAAGGGAAAUCACGCUACCACAAUAACCAAAACUCUCCAAGCAGAGGGUGGAGCCACCAAAGCAAGUUAAGUUCUGGAUCAGCUGAUUGGAUUAAUGUAGAACAUAGUCAACCCGUACCAGAUGCAAGGCACUCAACUGACGCAUCCCAAAGUUGUCUUCCCCAGCCUCCAGUUCGGUCUUUGCCAGAUAGAGUGGCCAAUGGAGUUGAGCAUAAAGUGGGAAAAAAGGAUGAAGAAUCCAGACCCUUUCAGAGAAAUCCGAGUGGCAAAGGCCCAGUCGAUGCAAAUUCACCCAGCAAAAGUGCAGCAUGUGUAACGUCCCCGCCCAGAAGCCCCUCAAAACUCAUCCCGUUAAUCUCUCGUCUAGAUUUGGACAGAAAGGCCGACAUUGCUAGGCCAGCAGCUCAUAUCUCUGUGCCUUCAUCAACUUCAUCUGAAAACACCCCCACUUCAGAAACUACCAACCUUCAUAAAUUCACAACUCCAAAUCCUGCUGUAAAUACAUCCAAACACCAAACGAGCACCUCAAUUCCACCUUCGCCUGUCAUGUCUCGGCCCUUCAGUGCUCCUGUAGCACCGGGCCCAAGGCCCGCUGUCCCCAUUGUCUCCAUGGUCCAAACGGCCCCCAUUUUGGCCCGUUCUGUUAGCGCCGCUGGACGAUUGGGCCCUGAAACCCCCACCACUCCAUACUCCACCAACCAGAGCUAUGUCCCUCAGUCCUACCGAAACGCAAUUAUCGGCGGGCCCACCUAUCCUCAGAAUGCUCCUGCUAAUUCUAUUAUGAACUCACCAAAUUCUUACUCACAGCAGCCACCUUCCCAGCUUAAUCCGUUGAAACCGAAUCUUUCGUUGGGAAUGUUGAGCCCAAACAUUCCGAGUUACGAUCUGUACAAUCCGGGCCGAAUCGGGCCGCACGAUCACCUCCGGGCCGAGUUCCCAGCUGGCACGUCCGGGCGCCAGAGCCACAUGAUGCCGGACGAGUUUCCGCAUCUGGACAUCAUAAACGACCUGCUUGACGACGAACAGAGCAUCGGGAUCGUGGGCCCGUCCAACUCGGGCUACCCGGGUUUUGGCAGCAGGGCCCAUUAUCUGAACAGGCAUCACAGCUUCCCGAGCGAAUCGGGCCUUUUGGGAGAGCCCGGCCCGUCGUGCAGGUUUGACCGGGCUUACCGGAGCUUUCACGACGGUGGAGGACUUCUUCAGCAUGGUUAUGGUGGCUCGGGAAGAAGUUACGAUACCCCGUUACAGGUGGGCCCACAGGCGUAUUUGAAUGGGCAGCUUGAUGGGUUUGUCCCGGGCCAGUGGCAGAUGGGCGGCGGUCCAGAUGUGGCGCCGUUCAUGAGCGCGAGGAGUAUUAUGGAAAGUGAAGGUGGAAGCUAUCCGUAUCAUUUACCGGAGUAUGCGAACCUGAGUGUUGGGAUGAAUGGGUACACAGUAUACAGGCCUUCAAACGGACUUUGAAGAUGAUUAUGUUUUAUUUAUAGGGGUGUAUACUCUGUGGUUGUAAUAAUUUAUCCAAGGGGGAAGAAAGCAUUGUUGUGUUGUUGGAUUUGCAUCUGGGGUGCUAACCUUGGUGGUAAAGACUACAUUUUGUAAAUGAGUAUUUCUGCCUUCUUUUUCUUGCUGUUAUAAUUUCAAAAUGUUGGGUGGGUUCUAAUAAUAUUAAUAUUCGUCUCAAUUA